AUGGAGAGCAUCACGCAGUUGUUCAAUGAUUUGUGUGAAGCACACUUGACGGGUUUGCCAUGGAAGGUCCACCUGGGCAGGCAGAAGAUCAGCAAGAGAAGGGCUAAGCGAAAUCUGAAAAGGGUUGCUUAUAAUGCCCUGUUCAUAAACCUUUUUCAAGAUGAGGCUCAUAAGCUGCAAUCAAACGUUUCCAGGCUUCCAGUGAAAAACAAAAUUUUGAUGCUGUCUUUCAACUUGAGAGUUGGUGGCCUAGGUGCUCAAGCGGAUAGACUGGAGAAUCUUGUGGAGGAACUGGAAACAGCUGAAUGCUUACCUUUUAAUGAAGUUAAUUCUGUCUUGGAUCUCUUAGUACAGCUGGCUGGAACAGGUCCUCCUCAGCUUGUACCACAAAAAAAGGACUAUUUUCUGAACAACAAAUACGUUGGGAGAAAUGUCAAGUAUCAAGGUUAUGAUUAUUAUGAUGUAAGUGUAUUUGAAGCUGAUAUACAAUCUCUAAUAACAAACGAAGAAUGUCAGUUCAACGACACAAUUCAAAAGACGCUUCAGAUCAUGGAGGCUGCGCCUGGCACUGGACUCCCUGCCAUAGGGUUGUUCUCACAGAACUAUCCUGCAGGUGACAAGUUUGAGAAAGAAACACGGGUCUCGCUCUUUGGUGCUCUUGUCCAUAGCCGUACGUAUGAUAUGGACAUCAAGCUGGAUUUACCACCAGUGCCUGACAACGCAGAUUUGUCCGGACUUGCAAUUAAAGUUCCCCAAAGUAUAGACCAGUCAGAAGAUGAGGGAUUCCAGUCAGCAUCCAAUCUGACUCCCGAUUCUCAGUCAGAGCCAAGCAUCACUCCAGACAUAGACUUGUGGGAUGCAGUGCUUACGUAUGGACCCAGCAAACGAAGAUGUUGGGAAAGAAUUGGAUAGUAUGUGUCUGAUGUUACUGACAAACUUACUAUGCAUCGUAUGCAAAUGUAUGAAGGUGCAUUUCAUCUUAGUUCAGAAUUACCUCAGUAUAAAUAGUGAAAUGUGUAUAUUUA